GAACUGUCAGCAAAUGUCAGAUUUAUCGAUAUUUUUUGUAAUUUCUACGUGUUCAUGUAAAUUAAUUUUAAGUCCAUUUACUAACAUAAUUAACGUAAUUUCUAGAAAAAUAAAAUAAGUAGCAAUGACUAUCAUCUGAUUCUAUAUUUUUGUAAAAUGUUUGCGUCGCUUAAAAAUAAAAUACGAGAAGAAACAGGGAGUGAUCUGACAAAGUUAACCGCAAAAAUCACAUCAUCAACAGUUCAGAAAAUCGAAUCAUUGAGGGGCCGUUCGGCCCACGGCUCCACUUCCAGUCUCAACUCUGUUCAGUCUUCGGAAGGCUUCAAAGAAGACGGCCCCAUCGAACCUGAAGAGUUCAGAAGGAGGUUUUCGAAAUUUGAGAAUGAAUUCAGCAAGAAAUUCGAACAGAAGGAGCAGGAGUGGCGUGAUAUCGUCAAGGAGAAGGAUAAACGUAUCCAGACACUGGAAAGGGAAAAAGACGAAGCUUACAAACAAAUAUCCAAAUUAAAGGAGUCUUUGAAAAGUGCCGAAGAGUUCAACUCGAAGAUAUUAGUUCAUAAGGAAAAUAAUGAGGAGAUUGGUACUUUGCAAUCCCAAGAAUUGAGUAAAAUUAAGCAGUUAGUAUUGUUGAGAGACGAAGAAAUUGCUAGUAAAUCAACUGCCCUUAAAGAAGCUAAUAUCCAGCUAGAGAAAUUAAAGAAUGAGCUUUCACGAUUGAGGAGACAAGAGGAAGUUUUAAGUGACGUACAGGAUGAUCUGGAAUCUUUGCGGCACUCGAGUUCCCGUGAUUUAGCCUACCUUGCUGCUGAAUUGGCAAAAAGCGAGCAGGAGAAAAAGCAUCUUUCAGAUCUAGUGGUCAUUCUGAGGCAGAACACUUCGAACGAGACUUCGACUGAUGAACGGCUUGUUUCCGAAAGGAAGUUGCUGGAGCAAAGAUUGGAGGAAGCCCACCUGCAUCUGGCCGAUAUUAAGACUUCGUGGAGUGAUAAGAUAUCUUCCUUGGAAACACAGGUUGGCAGAUUGAGCAGGCAGGCAGCUGAGGAGGGUUCCGAACGACGAAGGGCAGUCCAGGAGAGAGACAAACUCACAGAAAAAAUUAAGCAGCUCGAAGCAGAGUUGGAUUGCUGCAAAUUCGAACUGAGUAACAAAGAAAACAAAGUGAAGCGUCUCAAUGAAGACGUGAACGAAUUAUCUGCCGAACUGAAGUCUUUGCGAACAGAAAAUGACGAAGAAAUAACCUUCCUUCGGACGGAACUCGACAAUUCCAAAACGGAAUUGAAAAUUGUGAGGAAAAAUUUGGACAAUAUCGAGAACGAACUGGAAAAAACUGAAGACGAAUGCAGCAAAAUGAAGAUAUCUGUCGAUUCGGAACACCUUACCAACAACUCCUUGAGGCAGCUGAUUACGAAAUUGGAAAAAGAAUUGGGAGAAGAAAAGUCAAACUCUCUCAAUGUUCAGAAGACGCUUACAAGGGUAACUUCCGAAAAAAAUACUGCUCUGUUGCGUAACGCUGAAAUUUCACAACAAAUGGAGCUAGUGAAGCAAGAUAUGAGACAACAGGCAAGAGAAAUGAAUGAUUUAAUAGCAAAAUUAGCUCAAUUGGAAGAAGAAAACUCUAAACUCAAGCAAAGCGUGCUGGUAGAGCAGAAAUUAAGGAAUAACAUCGUGGAACUGGAGGACCAGCUGUCUGAAAAAAGCAAGAAUAUACGGAUGCUACAGUUACGCCUUGCGGACCUGAAGAAAACCCUCCAGCAAGAACUGAGAACUCCUGGCAACCCGAACUAUCACUCAGACCUGAUGGACAACUACUCGCCCGCCAUUCUUGCUCCAACGCAAGUCUCCACCAGGAAUUUUUCCAGCGUCGUCCGUCGCGAAGACGAAGAUGUCAAUUUCAAGUAUUUGAAGCAUGUAAUCAUCAAGUUCCUCACCAGCAGGGAGUACGAGGCACAGCACCUCAUCAAAGCGAUAUCAACUCUGCUGAAAUUCACACAGGAGGAGGAGAAACUCAUACAGGACACGCUCGAGUGGAAGAAGUCGUGGUUCGGCAGCAAGCCCAAGUAUCAGGUAACCGCUAAGUCCAAGAACUACCCCAACAGUUGAUGGUUGGCUUUGUGAAUUUUGUUUAUGAUAUGUGUUCAAAUAGAGGAUGAAAUUGAAAGUGGUUUAUCAUGGUUUCAAUGGAAGGUAAGCAAGUUCUGGCUUUGUUUUCUAUGGUUUCACUGAAGAAGGCUUUUUCCAAAUGUAGGAAAUGUCCUUUCCGCGAGUAAAAUAAUUUGUAGGCAACUUUUGAAUGAUUGGCACUGACAAUUUUCAAGUCCAUACUAGUAUACCCUCUGAAUAUGUUUCUCUAAAACUUGAACAGCAUUAAAAUGUAACAGAAACUGUUAUCGAAAGUUUUUUACUCAAUUUGGUAAACCUCAAUACAUGUAUUGCCAUACACCAUGCUGAUAAAUAUAUGCUUCACUACUAAACUUGAACGUAAUGAGCCGCAAUCAGAGAAGAAGUACUACUGGCCAAUAUUUUGAAAGUCUCAGAAGAAAGGUCAUGCAAACACUCCUCAGUACUGUAGUCAGAAUUUUGCUAGAGUAAUUUGUUCACCUCUCUAUAACGUUUUUCUGGUUCUUUAAAAAUUUCAGAUAUUAACCAUUCGGCAAUCUUAUCUUGUUACUUCAAAAUUAUCAAUUAGUAGUAAAGAGUAUUAUAAUUCCAUUUGUUCAUAUAAACAUGAAGUAGAUUGUUAUGCCUCGCCCCUUUGAAAUAGAUUUUUUUAUUACUCAAAAUGUGGAGACAACACAGACUAUCUGUAGGGAGCCAAAGAAGUAUUUUGCUCAUUUUAUAGCUACAAACUGAAAUACCACAUUCAAAUUAUUAUAGAGAGUCUUCGAGGUAGUUCCUGAUGGCCUCGUUUCUUCCAAAUUAUUUUAUUCUAUUUUUCACAGCAAGAGUUCUGAUAUGUAAAAAGCAAGUACAGAAAAUGUAGAAAAAUUAUCUUUAAUAGCAAAGGCAGCAAAUGCGGUAGGCUGACCCACAUUCCUUUUAUACAUUGAACUUUUUACUUUGAACUUUCAUGCCAUUUAAAUUAAUUUUUAUUUGAAAACGAAAGCUUGAAACAUGUAAAACUAUUCACACUACAACAUGUAAUUGUUUGAAUAGUUUUCAGAAUUAAUUGAGUUGUGAUGUAUUUAAUAUGUCUAAACUUUUAUAAACUUGUUCAGAAUAGUAGUUAAUUAAAUCAUAGUAGUACUGUACUGAAUGUUCCAUUUGUAAAUAAACAACUUUAAUUUAUAAACAUAUAUGUAUAGGUCCUACAUAAGUAAUAUAUUGUUUACAUUUUUAA